AUGGCUGAAAUUGUCAAGUUGGUGACAUGUAUUGUAGUACUCUUUCACAACCAUGGUUGGCGAUGGUCUGCUUUCCAGAGCGAGAUUCACACUGAGGUCAUACAAAAGCGAAGUGAAACAUUAAAGGUUGCAGUCCCUGCUGUGCUGUACGUGAUUCAGAACAAUCUUCUCUUCCUUGCCCUUUCAAAGCUGGAUGCUGCCACAUAUCAGGUAACUUAUCAACUGAAGAUCCUAACCACUGCAUUCUUCUCUGUCACCAUGCUUGGACGUUCACUCAACCGUUUGAAAUGGCUCGCGCUAAUCAUGCUUACUGGAGGUGUUGCCCUUGUGCAGAUGCCAGCAGGUGGCACAGCUAAGCAAACUGCUGGUGGCCACACCUCAGACAGUAUUGUUGGCCUGUUGGCUGUGCUUGCAGCGUGUUUUUCGAGCGGUUUUGCUGGUGUUUAUUUCGAGAAGAUUUUGAAAACCACAAAUGUUUCGCUCUGGAUGCGCAAUCUUCAACUAGGAUUUCUCAUGUGCUGGCUUUAUGAUUACGAAGCUAUUCAAAAAGAUGGCUUCCUGCAAGGUUAUAACAAUAUCAUUUGGAUUGUUGUCAUGCUCCAGGUUUUGCUUGUUCUCCUCUCAACACUCUUCUCGUCAUUCGCUUCGUGGUUCUUUCUUGAAUGUUUUGCCGCUGCGCCUGACCACCUGUUUAUCGUGUCACCGUUCAUGGUAGCGGGUAUGAACCGAAGAACUCGCCAACCGCCUCAUACAGCGUAA